CUCACUCCCCCACCCACUAGACCUGGCAUAUUCAUCGUGUUUACAAUGUUGUAUUUUUCUAUUCUACUGGAUUGUGCAUGUAGCUAGAUAAGUCGUAUGCACUUUUAGAGGACCGGGUGUGGUCUACACAAGAAUAACUCAUCAUUAUUCGAAUACAGGUCUUUGUUCGUACAUAGGAGGAAGUAACUCCCAUAAUAGAUGGACACAGACGACCAAGAGAUGAAUGGAGAGCUUGAAAGCUCGCUUUCCGAGAUGCAGAAUUGCACGAAGAACAAGGGUCAUUCGAACCUGAUACCGAUAGAGGAUUUCUCUGUUGAUGACCUGCAGUUCAACUUCAGACAGAAGGAACUGGUAGAAUUGAUCAAGCUUCUCGGGUACUUGACUGUUAAAGUUACUGUUCCUUAUUGCAGCCCAGAGCGACCCAACAAGAGGAGACCCUGUAACGAGAAUAGUCCGAGAAUCGGUACUGGGAAAAUCUGUGACGUCAGGAAAGUGACCAGCCUGUCCAGCAAUGAGAGAUGCCCUUGUUCUUCUUGCGCCUCCUCCGGUAGUCCGGCAAACUCCUGGGCGGAAAUCAAAAUCGUGACUUCCUCGAGCGUUGUGUUUGAUGACGAUGAAGCGCGCCACGCCACCUGCCUCUUCGGAUUCGACAACGCAGACAGCCAGGGAGUCCCCCUUGAAGGCGUUGGGAUUGCGACUUUAGAGAAGGAAAUCUGCCACCUCCAGUGCGUGACCCACGAUUUGCAACUCGCCGACGAGCUGGCAUCCAAUUUAAUGGCCUACAAGAGUGGCCGAGUUCGAUUCUUCAACGACUACAAGGAUUCGAACGUGGAGACGAAGCUGAUCGCCGUGGUCAGCCACCCCCAUGGUCAGUUCAAACACGUCUCUAUCAAAGUGGACCCCUCGACUGACCAAGAUGUGUCGCCCUCCAAAAAGAAUGUGUUAGACACGUGUGAGGGGUCCCCCGGGGCCCCAGCGUACAUUCUCGACAAGGACAAAAACUGGUUAUCCACGUACUGUUGACUAUACAUGUAAAUGUGAAGUUAAUUGAUGAGCUUUAUUCAAUGAUACUUACAUUUUGAAUUUAUUGAAGAUCAUACAUGGUGAUACACUACAACUAGCUAGUUGCUUUUUUUGUUGUUUCUUAGUGUGUUCACUAAACAAUGUAAAGUGUUGAUAGGCUCUUUUGUUAUAAUAAUGAUAGACUCAAUUUUAGUACGUCAGAAUAAAAUAUUGUCCAAGAUA